AUGGCCGGUACAAAGCUACAAGAGGGUCAGUCCGGACCGCCAACUUUGCAGAGUACUCAUUCGUAUUGGCACAAAAACCCAUCGACGGUUCUCCAAGGUCACCGAACCACGAGCAAGCUCCCUCCCGCUGCUGAUGUCGUCGUGAUUGGGACCGGAAUCACGGGUGCCUUUGCCGCACGGGAGUUGAUGACUGGUGGCAGAAGCGUCUUGCAUCUGGAGGCGAGGGAGGCAUGCUGGGGAGCUACUGGAAGGAAUGGCGGCCACUGCCAGCCAAUGGUGUACUCUUCCAAGCCCAGUGUUGCACGAUUCGAACUGGGGACGUAUCACUUCCUCAAGGCCUUUGUGGCCAAGAACAAUAUUUCAUGUGACUGGCACACCGUUGGAGGCGUUCAUGCCUUGUUCGACGACAAGGCCUUCGGCCUCGUUGAAAAGGUCAUCCAGCGCUUGAAGCUGGAACAUCCAGAUCUUGCCCAGCAUGCCAUUCUCGUGAAAGGCGAGAAGGAGCGUGGCGUGCUUAGGAUACCCGCAGCGGUCGGUGCCGUCUAUCAACCCAAUGCUGCCAAGCUGUGGCCGUAUAAGCUGGUCGCCUGGGUGCUAGAGAAGCUGCUCCAAGAAUACCCGGCCAGUCGCUACAAUCUACAGACAAAUACAGCCGUGGAGCAUUUACAACACACCGGCGACGGCGGCUGGGUAGUCCACACCCCUCGCGGUCAAGUCGUUGCCAAGCAUGUCCUUCUCGCCUCCAAUGCAUACACGUCGUACCUUUUGCCACAGUUUACGGGCAUCAUCACACCCGUCAGGGGGCAGGUUGCUGGGCUGACACCGCCGACAGGCGACAUUCCUCUGGAGCACACCCACGUAUGGGUCCAGGGCAACGGCACUGACGAUUACUUGAUCCAGAGGGACGACGACGGGUUUCUCAUCCUUGGAGGAGAGCGGUUCAGCACCGCCGGCGCAGAAGAAGGCAUAUGGGAUGACGGCCAGGUAAAUGACGAGAUUGGCGCAAAGCUUCGCAGCCAGCUGCAGCACAGUGUUAAGCUCCGCGGGCCCGACUGCGCGGAAGAGGAGGAACUCGACGCGCAGUAUGAGUGGACGGGGAUAAUGGGGUAUGCCAAAGACCAUUAUCCCUGGGUGGGCCGCGUGCCUCCCUCCCUCGGCGGUACGCGCGACGACGGCGACGACGACGACGAGGACGAGGAGGGAGCUCGGAGCCACUUGUGGAUCAGUGCCGGGUAUACGGGCCAUGGUAUGCCGACCGCCGCAAGGUGUGGCAUACGAGUUGCGGAGAUGAUAUUGGGAAGGGAACCGACCUUUGACAUGCCCGUGGAGUUUUUGGCGAGCGAAGAGAGGGCCAGGAGAACAAAGGACGCCAAGACGACGAUUCGCCGGAGCCUGAUGGACGAGCUGAAUGCACUGUUGGAUGACUAG